AGUUAUGCGCUCUGUUGCCGAAAUCACGUUGACAAGCACGCACGUGUGUGCACAGCAGCAUGGAUCUCUCCAAGUGGUGUAAUCUAAAGUCCGAACCGAGUUUAAAGCAUUUGACAGAGGCAGGGUUCGGUGUCCCGAAAAACAAACAGCACGUGCCCGUACAGGAGCUGGUGAAGGCGCACAUUGAUUCGUUUGAUCAGGCAGUUACUGAUGGAUUAUGUCGGGUUGUGGAGGGCAUUCCUCCGUUGGAGUUCAUGUACAAGGGAGACAGAGUCAGUCUGUCUUUUGUAGAGGCCAUCAUUCAACCGCCAGCGAUUGCUAAAGGAGGAAUCAGCAGAGAUGUGCGGGUGUUCCCUGCCGAGUGCAGAGGCAGGCGCUGCACAUACAAGGGGAAGCUAGUGGCGGAUGUGAGCUGGUCUAUUAAUGGCAUUCCCAAAGGAAUCAUCAGACAGGCUCUGGGACAGCUGCCAAUCAUGGUCAAAUCGAAACUAUGCAACCUUCAUGGUCUCUCACCCAAAGAACUCAUCGAGCAUCACGAAGAAGCUGAGGAAAUGGGCGGUUAUUUUCUGGUGAAUGGCAUAGAGAAGGUGAUUCGUCUUCUGAUCAUGCCAAGGAGGAACUAUCCCAUCACCAUAUCAAGACCAAAGUUUAAGACCAGAGGACCAGGCUACACUCAAUACGGUGUUACAAUGCAUUCUGUAAGGGAUGAACACACAGCCGUUAAUAUGAAUCUUCACUACCUGGAAAAUGGAACAGUGAUGGUGAAUUUUAUAUACCAGAAAGAGCUGUUCUUUCUUCCCUUGGGCUUUGCACUGAAGGCUCUAGUGGAUUACUCGGACUACCAGAUCUUCCAGGAGCUGAUUAAAGGUCGAGAGGAGAACUCUUUCUUUAAGAGCUGUGUCUCAGAAAUUCUGCGUGUUGUCAUGGACCAGGGCUGCACCACUAAAGCCAAGGUGCUCCGUUACCUGGGCGAGCGUUUCCGGGUCAAACUCAACCUCCCAGAGUGGUACACUCACGAGCAGUGCGCUCACUUCCUGUUAGAUGAAUGUCUGUGUAUUCACCUGAAGUCAGAUGUGGAGAAGUUCUACAUGUUGUGUAUGAUGACACGGAAACUCUUCAGCUUUGCCAAGCAGGAGUGUAUGGAGGAGAACCCUGACAGUCUGAUGUUCCAUGAAGUUCUCACACCAGGCCAGAUCUACCUCAUGUUCCUGAAAGAGAGAAUGGCAGGCUGGCUAGUGUCGGUGAAAUAUGCCUUGGAAAAGAGAAGUGAAAAACUGGGAGUGCUGACUGCAGAUACUUUGACCAAAGGCUUCAACAUGGCUACAGAUCUCACUAAAGCCUUCGAGUAUAUGUUAGCCACAGGAAACCUCCAGUCCAAGACAGGUCUGGGCUUGCUGCAGAACUCCGGACUGUGUGUCGUAGCAGAUAAGUUGAACUUCAUCCGUUACCUGUCUCAUUUCCGGUGCGUGCACAGAGGAGCCAGCUUCGCUAAGAUGAGGACCACAUCUGUGCGGAAGCUGCUGCCAGAGUCUUGGGGUUUCCUGUGUCCGGUACACACUCCUGACGGAGAACCAUGCGGCCUUAUGAACCACAUGACAGCCCAUAGUGAGAUUGUGACACAGGUGCAUCCCACAACCACCCUGCCUGCCCUGCUGUGCUCUCUAGGAGUGACUGCUGUAGACGGUACCCCCAGUCAGCCGUAUUCAGACUGUUAUCCCGUCAUACUGGACGGGGCCAUGGUUGGCUGGGUGGAAAAAGAAGUGGCGCCCUCAGUCAUCGAAUCUCUUCGCAGAUUUAAGGUGCUGGGAGAGAAAAAAGUGCCGCCCUGGACUGAGAUUGUUCUGGUUCCUCAGACGGGUAAAGCCAGCUUGUACCCAGGCCUUUAUCUGUUCACCACACCCUGUCGCAUGGUGCGGCCCGUCCGGAACCUUGGCCUGGGCAAACAGGAGCUUAUUGGCACCUUUGAACAGGUGUUCCUGAAUGUGGGCAUCUUCGAGGAAGAGUUAGAGGAGGGAGUGACCACACAUCAAGAGCUGUUUCCUCACAGCAUGUUGAGCGUGGUGGCAGAAUUCAUCCCUUUCUCUGAUCACAACCAGAGCCCCAGAAACAUGUACCAGUGCCAGAUGAGUAAACAGACCAUGGGCUUCCCGCUGCAUUCAUACCAAGACCGAUCCGACAAUAAACUGUACCGUCUGCAGACCCCCCAGAGUCCUCUGGUCAGACCCUCGAUGUACGACCACUACAACAUAGACAAUUACCCUAUUGGCACCAACGCAAUAGUUGCUGUCAUUUCUUACACUGGCUACGAUAUGGAAGAUGCUAUGAUCGUCAAUAAGUCCUCAUGGGAGCGUGGCUUUGCUCAUGGUUCUGUUUAUAAGACCGACAUCAUAGAUCUGGCUGAAAAGUUCAAAGGUGAAAUCGACAUUGUGUUUGGGGUGAAGCCAGGUGACCCCAAAGUAAUGGACAAACUGGAUGCAGAUGGAUUGCCAUUUAUCGGCUCCAUGCUGAAGUAUGGAGAACCUUACUACAGCUACAUCAAUCUCAUUACCGGCCAGAGUCAUGUGGUCUUUUUCAAGUACCAGGAGAGCUCCAUUGUGGACAAUAUCAAGGUGUGCAGCAAUGACGCCGGCACUGGCCUUUUCAAGCGCGUUUGCAUCACAACCCGCAUUCCCAGGAACCCCACCAUCGGAGACAAGUUUGCCAGUAGACACGGUCAGAAAGGAAUCCUGAGCCGUCUGUGGCCCGCGGAGGACAUGCCCUUCACCGAGAGUGGUAUGAGCCCGGACAUCCUGUUCAACCCUCAUGGCUUCCCCUCUAGAAUGACCAUCGGAAUGCUUAUCGAGAGCAUGGCUGGAAAAUCUGCGUCCCUCCAUGGCCUGUCUCACGACGCCACACCCUUCAGGUUCUCUGAGAAAAACUCUGCAUUGGAGCACUUUGGCAAGAUGCUGAAAGCAGCAGGAUACAACUUCUACGGAACGGAGAGGCUCUACUCCGGCAUCAGUGGCUUGGAGCUCGAGGCAGACAUCUUUAUCGGGGUGGUUUACUACCAGCGCUUGCGUCACAUGGUCUCCGACAAGUUCCAGGUGAGAACUACAGGAGCAAGAGAUAGAGUGACCAAUCAGCCAGUGGGAGGGAGGAACAUCCAGGGAGGAAUCCGGUUUGGAGAGAUGGAACGGGAUGCUUUGCUGGCUCACGGGUCGUCGUUUCUACUUCACGACCGGCUGUUUAACUGCUCUGACCGCUCCGUGGCACAAGUUUGCAUAGACUGCGGCAGCCUGCUGUCGCCGCUUCUGGAAAAGCCGCCGCCUAAUUGGUCAUCUAUACGCCAUCGGAAAACCAUCUGCUUGUUGUGCAAUAAGAGCGACUCAAUUGAGACUGUAUCCGUUCCUUAUGUGUUCAAAUACUUCGUAGCAGAGCUUGCAGCAAUGAACAUUAAAAUCAAAUUAGAUGUCAAGUAAAAUUGUUGGACUGUAUUCAGUUUCUUUGCUUACGUGGAAAAUAAAGUGCCUGAAAAGUACAAUGUGAAGAAAAAAGGUGUUUAGUGUUUGUCUCACUUGUAUAAUGAAAUACAUCUGUGUCAUCAACAACAUUUUCGUAUCAAUAGCAGGACUAAUGUGGACCAUAUAACCUUGUCAAGGUCAUGCAUAGGAAUGGGAGUUAAUUCGGUUUCAGAUUAUACUUAAUUUUUUGUACUUUUGAGGAAGCGCACUAUUUAGUAAUAUUUUAAUUAUUUUAUUAAAGUAACAUUUAUUAUAAUGAA